GGCAAAUGCAUUAUUUUGGUGCAUUAGAGAUCAUGAGGAUAAAAGCACAAAAUGGUGGAGUUUAAAAAAAGUGGCAGAUGUCCAUAUCAUGAUAUUUUGGAAAUGUGCAGUGUAUGGGAACAGGGUAAAAUGACAAUACAGGUCUAUCUGAUAUGCUGUUAAUGAGGCAAAAUAGUUCCAGCAUGCAAAAGCAGGUUAGCUUGAAUUGGCUUAUUUCCACUUAGAAUGUGACCACAGCACAUGUUUGGAGGAUAAUAUUGCUGUAAGCCUCCAGGUGUUUAAGUGGGUAUCACUCUGCACAGCAUAGGUCUCUUAUGUACUUUUAAAAUUCAUAUUUAUAUAAAGUGCAGAAUAAGAGUACAUUGUAAGAAAAAAUGUGAGCAAGAAAGGGCUCAGUGGAGUAUGGUAAAAUUACUGUUCUAGAUUAGUUUCGGCUUGCACAAUAUCUAAUGGGUUCAAGGUUUUAUUUUGUACCUAGCUCUUGAUGUCUGUUCUAAUCACACUAACACAUAGGUAAUGGGUGUGUGACAGCUGCCAGUCUUGGCAAUGUGUAACGGAGGCUGGCCAUGAAGUGGCACACCAUAAAAUCCUAAGCUACAAACCUACACCUUAAGUACACAAGAAAUGGAUCAGCACUAAUAUAUCAGGGGGUAGGCAGCAACCGCAACAAAGGGGAUCCCUCUCCCCCUUUCACAAAAACUGAAAUGUACAAAGAUGGGGGGGCUGCACCACAGGGAGUAAUGGAAUAUAGUAAAUAACAAAGUCCAGUGGUAGAAAAACCUUUAGGUUCACACAAGAUGGAAACACAAAUCUUUUCUCCUUUUGGAGGUUGGAAGCAGCAGGCUAGCCUGUCACUGAGUACUGGAGUGCAGAGAGCUGCUAAUAAACAAGAAAUCCAAGGUGGGUAUCAUACCACCAGAGCAGAUACCAUCGAGCAGUCAGCCUGCUCUGUGUAUUUUUUUUUUAUUUUUUUUUCAUCUGGUGUGAACCUAAAGGCUUUCUUUUUAUACCACUGGACUUUGUUAUUGACUAUAUAUUGCAUUACUCCCUGUGGCGCAGCCCCUAUCUUUCUUUAAAUCUACACCUUGUUUGUGUUGACUGGAUUAAAAUUAUCUGGGAGUUGCAGAUGAGCAUCCUGGAGAUGGUUCUAUUAAAUAAAACAUUGACUUUUAGGUGAAUACUAUGCUCUAGUUAACCUUUAAUCUUUCAAAAGAUCUGAGAUGUCUAUACUACAUUAGAUAGGAAAAACUAAACCCCUAACACAAAAAAAUCUAUUUGCAGAGAUAGUGAGUGAUACUCUAAAGUGCCAAAACAGAAGAAGCAGCUCAACACCAGUGGAAUACCCUUAUCCACAGUAAAGUACAAAUAUUCCAGAAAAGAGGUAUAGCCUCUAUACCAACAGGUGGAGUGCUAUAAUGGGUAUAAAUAAUAAGGGGGUACACUCACCCCUCCAGUACCAUGACAAUCUUGAAAGUAUAUAUCUGAAUGUACACACAAAACGGCAAAAAGAAAAUAUAGUGCAGGUGGCUUACAGAAUAAGGGUGAGUGAUAGUAAUAAAUGGCUAGAACCACUCACAUGGGCUGGAGCCUAUAUGGUAUUGCCUCUGUAAGGAACUCCCUUUUGCUGCAGCAACACACCCCUUUGUCCCAAACUGUAUUCCUCCGGGGUUAUAGAGCAAAAAAGAAACCAGAUAUGUAGUGCUGUAUGGACGAUGGCUAUAAUAUUGGUGAUAAUGGUCAUGUUCACCUUAAGCAAAGCCUUGGAUUCACGGCUGAGGUUGAUUGGCAGUAUGCUAAUUUUGUUGGGAUAGCAUUCGCCACAUGAGGUUCCUGGCGGCUAGAAAGGACAUGGUGUUUGGUGCGUGCUGGCGGUGUCACCCUGACUGGUCGCUGUUCGUGGCUGAGGAAGGCUGUGAUCGCGGCUCAGCGCUGACAGAUGGCGUGUCCACUGACCAAAUAAUAAAAACCUGCUUAUGUAACACUGUAGGCAAAAAUAAUGGGUAGUAAUAUACUACUUUUUUCCCUUGAGCAGCCUAGUGCCAGUCCUACUCCCUCACUCCUGGGCAACACAUUAGGUGUACCAGAAUCAAUUAUCUUAGUAAUAUACUGUAACAACCCUUGGCUGUUAUGGUAUCCUCUAAUAUUCCUGGGAGUCUGUUUGUUAGGUGUUGCAUUUUAUUUUUUCAGUUGUAUAAUUUGUGUGAUGGGAAUUAACCUGGCUCAAUAUCAAAUUUUUACAAUUUCAAGUUUUGGUCCCCACCAUAUAUGUAUCUGUAUCCCUAAAUUCUAUGUGGUAGCCCUACAGUCAGUAUAGAGAACUAGUGUCUGGGUGUAAGGGCCAAAAACAAGUGGUUACCUUUUUAUAAUCUAAAGUCAACAUUGUUCAGCUAGGCUUAAUCACUUUCUGAGUCACACAACUGAGGAGCUAGACCUAAAACCAUUAGACGGGAAGCCAAAUUGCAGUGGUGAACGUGUCUUUUCUAAUUUAAGGUUAAUAUUUAACAAAUGGUUUUUAGUUUCCUUUAUGUAGUGGGUUUGGCAUCUGAAAUCUCAGUUUGAACGUGUUUUUUUGUUUUUGUGGUAGAUGUUCUGUAUGUGAAAUGUGACUUUGAGUAUAACAUUUUCAGAAAGUUGCCUGCAGGCUUCUAUAUUAAAUAUGCAUAUUAAAGCAGGGCUAGGUAACCUUCGCCACUCCAGGUGUUGUGGACUACAUAUCUCAAUUAUUUUCCAGCAUUAUGGCUGUCAGAUCAGUAUUGUAGAUGUAGUCCACAAUAUCUGUAAGGUUGCCAACCCCUGCACUACCACUGUAUCUAGCAUUUACUUAUUAGAUUUUAUUUUUAUUUUACCCCUCAGAUUUAAAGUCAAAGGUAUCGACGCAGAAAAAUGGAGGUCUCAAAGUACAGCCAUCAGCGCCAAUCCUUACUUGAUGCCAUCCAUCGCUUCAACACAGCUACAACCAUAAUGGACGAAACUAUUAUGGUGCCUAGCAUGCUGCAGGACAUGAUUCCAGAGAGAGAGGAAAAUGAAGAUCAUUCCAAGUCUACAGAAAUUAUUGAGCACAAUAACCUGUAUGAUUCAUAUAUUCUACUUAAAUCUCUGAGACAUGAUAUGAAGUGGGGGAUCAAUCAAGCAUGCAAGUCUACAGAGGAGCAGUGUGCUGAGGAAGAAACUGGUGACCUCGUAGAACAAUUUCAACAUCACUUUCGGGGUCUCCUGUCUGUCCUUACGAAGCUCACCAAAAAGGCGAAUCUUCUGACCAAUUGUUACAAGAAGGAAAUUGAAGUUAACGCUUCAAGUAACAAACACUUUUCUAGAAGUAUCUCUUAUUAAGGCUUAAUAGUCCACAUUUCAAAAGAAGUUAAAAUUUAAGUGACCUUGUAAUUCAGGAAGUCCUCAGUUUUUUGCCAUACUCCUAAUCUGCCUUUUGUUCUCGUACUACAAUAGACAAUGCCACAUGUGAAGGUGGUAGCUUUGUCAAAUACUGGCAUGACGGUGGAACAGACCUCUGUGAGGAAACUUGUUGCACUUGUUUUUGAGUAGUAGAUUCAUAACCUGAGAUUUUUUGUUUGCAUUUUACCUGCACACAAGCAGUGACUAUUGCUAAAGGGAUUAAGACCACUUUAAAAAGUGGAAGGCAAGACUUUCUGAAACGAAUACAACAUGAAGGUGUUGGAAAAAGUGCUAGGUGUUUAGUUUCUCAAGGAAACCUACCAGGAGUAAACUUAACAUGACUAAGAAUGGAUGUGCUGUCAGUUACUCUCAAUUGCCCAAGGAAUAAGCCCAUACGAACCAUUUAAAAUGAGAAUAUGCAUUAAUUGAGUCUUUAAUAAUGUUAACUGCAUUUGAUUUGUGUGUUGCUCUAUUAAAACCCUAACUCUGCUAUACAGUCACUUCUUGCAAAUCCUGUCUUGUUCAGCUGCAUCGCUUUCUCCCAGUCUAAAGAGCUGCAAUUCUACAGAUGUUCCAAAUUCUGAGCAUUAAAACUUUUGAACUCCUCCAGGUCACGU